GCAGUAUCAAUAUGAGCAACUUUGGGCAGAUCCUGAAGGAGGUUGGAGAGUUUGGUUGGUUUCAGAAAUCCUUACUGGCUGCAUUAUGCCUCAUGAGCAUAUUUGCUGGUUUUGACAUUAUUGGUCAAGUAUUUACAGGCAUGAGCUUUGAACAUCGCUGUAACACCGACUGGAUCUUGGAGCGAGGACCGAACCUGACAGAAGAGAGGCAAACAAAUCUCACUCUCCCUGUGAACGAGGACGGGGAAUAUGAUAGCUGUAAAAUGUUCACGCCUGUAGAUUGGGAUUUGGAGACCAUUGAAGCCUAUGGGAUUAACACUACAACAGGAUGCAUGGAUGGAUGGGACUACGAGGCACCCGAUGGCGCUUCCAGCACUGUGACCGAGUUUGAUCUGGUGUGUGACCAGAGUGGUCUGAUUGAGGUAUCACAGUCCGUUUACAUGGCAGGUUAUUUGACUGGGGCACUGGCGUACGGGGCAAUUUCUGACAGGUUUGGGAGACGCUUUGCAGUCCUUCUCUCCGUCUGUGUUCUCUUCUUGUUCGGCGUAGGACUAGCUUUCUCACCGAACAUCUACGUUUUCCUGGUCUUGAAAUUUUUCUGUGGGACUUCAGGAGGUGUCUCAAUAAUGAACACAAAUGUGUUAGCUUUGGAAUGGACUGACCCAUCCAAGGCUGCUGUCUGCACAGCACUCAUCAUAGGUUUCUAUGGUGUUGGACUGAUGUUGUUGCCUGGCCUUGCUUAUUUGAUCCCAAAUUGGAGAAUCCUGCAGAUGGUCCUCUGCAGCCCCCUCCUGCUUGUCCUGGGGUUCUUAUACUGGUUUCUUCCAGAGUCAGCUCGCUGGCUGUUGACCCAGGGCAGGAAGGAGGAGGCACGAACAGUGCUGGAGAGAGCAGCCAGGGUGAACAGGAGAAAAGCACCACAUGAUCUAAUAGACAAGGUAGAUAUGAAGGUCACAACCAAAAGAGGAAGCAUGUUGGACAUCUUCCAAACACCUUAUCUGAGGAAACGAACUGCCAUAAUGGGCUAUAACUGGUUCGCAACAAGUCUUCUUUACUAUGGCUUGAGCCUAAAUGUUGGUAGUUUUGGCCUGAAUAUCUACCUCACACAGUUCAUAUUUGGUUUUGUGGAAAUUCCUGCAAACCUGGGUGCGCUGGGGUUGAUUCAGAAUUUUGGGAGGAGGAAAUGUCUUGCAUGCUUCCUGUUUUUUGGGGGUGCUACUUGCCUUGUAAUCCUUGCUAUCCCGAAAAGUCUUCCAGUGGUGGUGACAGUCAUAGCUGUUUUGGGGAAAAUGUCAGCCAUUACUUCAUUCAACACAGCCUACGUCUAUACUGCAGAGUUAUACCCAACAACACUAAGGCAGAAUGGUGUAGGUCUUAACUCCAUGUGUGCUCGUAUGGCAGGAAUCCUCGCCCCACUCAUCAGACUUUUAGACGUCUUCCAUCACACCAUCCCCAUGCUGAUAUACGGCCUGGUUCCUGUUACUGCAGGGGGGUUCUGUUUGCUACUUCCUGAAACACUUAAUGUUCAACUUCAAGACCAUGCUGAGCUCAAACAUCCUGAUAGGGGAUCAGAAGAAGGCAAAGCUGAACAAAUCUUGGAGGAGCACAAACUUUAAUUACUAAUGAAAUCAUAUCUGGAAGUUCUUAGUUUCCUUAACUCCUUUAUAUAAUAUCAUGUGUUACAGAUGUCAAUGACAGAAUGGUUAUUUAAAAAUUUGUCUGAAAAUAUCUUGGUUUAAGUGCAUUUGAUACCUGUGGUUUUACACACUUGAGUUUAUUCACAUGAAUGUAUCUGCAUGCCAAGAGUGCAUACAGUGCAUAUCUCCAUGCAUUUUUUAUUAACAUUCUCUUAUUUGCUUUUGCUGCACCUAAAUGUAAACUAUUCUUAUAUUUAGUUACUACAUGUAAAUAAAGAGCAAAAAAGGUUUAAGGUAUUUUAAGUCCAUUCAGUAUGUGUAUAUUAGCAAUGAACUUUUAGUAGUUGAAAUAAUAUAGUCUUUUUCUAUGCGUAUGAUAUUAAAAUUUAUUUUUUUAUUUUGAAACAUUCCCAAUAUGUGAUAAGAGUGGAUUCCCAUUCUUUAUGUUCAUGACUCUUGGCCUGUUAUUUUUGAAAUGAUUUUAAUAUCUGCUGUAAAUGUUGAGAUUCUUGUUCUUUAUCUUUUAUGAAACAGUACAGGUAAAACCUGCUCAAUUUCCAUUUGAACUCUUUGUUCAUCUUAAAAUAUUACAAGUAUGUGCAAUGCAUGUUUGAGCAAUUUGUGGUAGGUUUAAAUACAUUUUUAUUGAUUUUAACUAUUCAUGCCCAUGACUUGAUGAUUUUUCUAAAUAGUGAGAGAAUUUAAAAGGGAAAAAUCUAUAUAGGUUGCAUUGAAAACUCCAAAUAAGAAAUGCUUAUAAAAGUUUCCUCUUAAAUUUAUGGUGCUUUCACAUGCAUAGACUUGGCACAAAAAGUAAGGAAAUCUGGGUUUUGUAGAUAACUUCCUAUGUUCUCUGUGUUUCUUGGCAAUAAAUCCUAUACCAUGGAAAGUCUGUUUAUUCCCCUUUUAAAUGGCGCUGCAUUUGCAAGGGACAUGGGUUUGUGGGAUGAGCAGCAGACCUAAGUUUGUGGGUUUACCCCCCAAAAAUGUGCCAAAUCCUCUCUGCCAAUGCCAAACAGCUUUUUCUGUCAUUGACACUUGUUUGGUGGAUUGGAUGAUUGAAGUCUGGAGAAACAAGACAUAUAUGAAAUUUAACAAUUCAUUGAUUUAACAGAUUUUAAAGAGGGGCCUCAGGAGUGUGUGGAAGAACCAUACACAUCCACAACAGCCUGACACCUCCUCCUAAUGCGGGUCACCAGCCUGGUCACACACUGCUGUGGGAUGGCAUCCCAUUCUUCAACCAGCAUUUGUCACAAGUCAGCCAGUGUGGUUGUGUUGGUCACUCUGGCACGAACAGCAUGUCCAAGCUGAUCCCACGAGUGUUUAAUGGGGCUGAGGUCAGGACUGCUGGCAGGCUAUUCCAUCCUCCUCACUCCCGAAUUCUGGAGGAAGUCUCUGAUAAACUACAAAGUUUUCAUUUGUCCUGUAUACAUCAUAAGUGCCCAUAAUCCAUCCAUCAGUUGUUGUGAUGUUUACUGAUAUGACCAUUGCCAAAAAUCUUCUCAAGGCAAUCACGAGGUCAAGUGCUUUAGCCUCUUUAUUAUCAAAUUUACGAGCAAACGCAUUUAACUCACCUUAAAUUUGUACAUUUUAAUUUUUCAUCAAGUGAAAUGAAAUUUUCAAGAGUGGAUUACCCAGAAAUAGUGAAAUCCGUUUAUUGUGUGGUUGGUGUGGAUAUUUUUUAAACCAGCUAAAUAAAAGAUAUGAUUUGAUGUGUCUGUCUUCUGCAGUUUCCAAGCUAUUGUUCAGUUGUUAAGUCAAAUGCUAAUUUUCAUCACAAAUCACUAUAUAAACAUGAUUCUGACAGCAUUUUGCCGCAGUGCAGUGUCUCAAACAAAUUUUCCAGAGAUUCGCCAUGUUAUCACAGACACCAACAUC